UUCUGUGUUGUAAAGUUGGCAAUAUUGGUGAUAUCUUCGACAGUUAACCGUUUUUUACAAAGGAUUACUCAAUGCUCAUUGCUCAUUCAAUUCGUUUCAAAGAUGAAAGAGUCAACAUAAUACUAAUUAUUGAUUCAAGUUGUUUAUGAGCUACACAUCUUUAUUAUUAAAUAUGUUUUCACGAAUAAUAAAUAAUGUAAACUUGGCUGAUGUCGAGCUAUCGACUACGUCUAUCUCAGAUGAAUUCGAUGAACUGUUGAAAUUAUCUGAGCAAUCUCAUGUAGAAUGUGAAGAAGCAAAGACCAAAUUAGAAGAGAUCAACAAGGAAAUAAAUCACUAUGAUGAACAGUUGAAUAUUAUUGAAAGAGAACGUGUCAAACUUAUGUCUGAGUUGGCUCUUCAAAUGCAGAUGAAACACGACUUAAAGAAUAAAGUAGAGGGUCUAAAAAAUAUAUUACAAUCAACAGAAUUUGACUUAAAAAAAUAUAACAAGAUGAAGUUAAGUACUGCUGAUCAAGAUACUUUAUCUCAUACCAAAAAAACAUUCAUUAUUUAUAAGAAUAUGUUGAAGAUAUAUUUUGAUUAUUCCAAUGGUGCAGAUGCAACUACACAAAAAGGAUAUACUUAUAACAGAAUUACAAAAAAGUUAGCUUACUUUGAAUUUAAUACAGGAGAAAAAACCGACAAUAAAAUUUCAGAAUGCUUGUGGAAUAAAAUACAAUUAGUUUCCGAUAAAAAUUGGGAAACAUUGUAAAAUGUAAUAAUAAUUUUAUUUAAUUUUAAACAAAAUGUAUUUUUUCUUUGUGUAUUUUUAAAUAAAUAAUUAAGAUCUAAGAUCAAGAAUUUGAUUUUUAUCUUGAACAAUUGUGAACUGCCAAUCGGAAUAUUACUUAUUUUUCGUUAAAAUAUUAAUGGAUGACAUUUUGUGUUUGUUUUGCUAAUCUUUUAGUUAAAUAAAGUGUUUUUAUUCUUACAAA